UUUAGUAUAUUGAUGUCGUCAGCAUACUGUUCGUGUGAUUUUUCGUUAUACAACACUGAUAGAGAAAAACUCGUGCUGCUGCAUAUUUUGUUGUUGUUGCUAUUGUUUUUGUACGUGCGGCACAAUUUCGCAAUUAACUUCCUUAUUUUCAUGUGAGAAAAAUCAAAGAAAAUACAAGCAAUGUCCGCUCGACGGCAACGCAUCAAGGCAGCAGCCAAUUUGAGUCAAAUCAAACGGAAAGCACGUAAAGAAGAUGCUGAUAUAGCAGCAGAUGCACCUGCAGAACCACUCCCCGUUCCUAUGGCCGAUCCCUUAGCCAUUCCCGUUUCCGAAUCCCUUUCUGUUCCGAAACAGGAGCAUGCAGACGAGGAUGUUAAUGAGAUUGCAUUUAAAAUGCCGGCUGUCAGCAGCCUAGGGCUAAUGGAUGAUGUGUUUCACUCAGACAUCGAGGACAACGUGAUCCAGAUGGAUCUACAAAAGACGGCAAACGGGUUCCCGAUGUCGCCGAGCAAGGCGCAGGCUCGACAACGUGUGCGUCCCACUCCCGUGUUUGGUCAACGACGCAAUAGCUUCGUGGGCUCCCCGCUAGCUGCCGAUUACGAUGGUGACUAUCAAUCACCCGGCACACCAACGCGGCGUGAACGCUACUUAAGCGGAUCCUCAAUGAAUGCGGGCGGCGGAGGAACGCCACAACAGCAGAUGCAGGCUUCUCCUAAGUAUCUCGGCAGCGUGAUGAGCCCAGGAAUGGGUCGGAUUCGCACUGAGUCCAGUUGCUCCGUAUUCUCAGAUUCCGGUGGCGUGGGGAAGCAGCGCAAAGGAGAUGGAGAAAAGUCAUCGCAGUCACUUGCCCAGCAGCGUGUGAAUGCUAAGCGUGACUUUGAGACACGAUUCAAUAAUGGCGUGCCUGAUAAGUCAACAUUCAAAAUGUUUGACAUGAUCUUCUACAAUCCCGACAGCAAUCCCAUGGAGCAAAAGCCUCUAGUGACCACCAUCAAGGCGGAGUCUGCCAAUGGCAGUAUUCACUCCGAUGAGAUGAAGCCACCAAAGGCCGAACUGAUGGAAACCAAAGCUGAUGUUGGAGCUGGUGCUGCUCCUCAUUCAGCUAUGCUAGUCCCACAGCUGAAGCUAGAUGCCAAUGGUGAGAUGAUAAUCGAUGAGAAAACUUUGGAGAUUGAGACUACGGCCGAGGUUGAGGCGCGCAAAGUGUUAGCGAACUCAUCGUUGAUACUAAUGGAUGAAACUACUGGCGACAAUGGUUUCUACAAGAGACACAAGCGAACUCCAGCCUGGUCGUCGGAUGACACAGUGCGCUUCUAUCGUAGCCUUCAAAUUAUUGGCACGGAUUUCUCGCUGAUGUGUCAAAUGUUUCCCAAGCGGACGCGACGCGAACUCAAGCUGAAGUAUAAAAGGGAAGAGCGCAUGAAUGGACAGUUGAUUAACAAGGCGCUACUCUAUCCCAAGGCUUUCAAUAUUCAAGAACUCAAGGAACAGCUAGAGAAGGAGGAUCAAGAACGUCUUGAAGCUGAGCGACAAUGGCAAGAGAUUGUCGCAACUCAGCCUACAAAUAUCAAAAAGCGUUCCAAAUCACAACAGAGCAAGGGAGCUCGAACUCUAAGCGAUGGCGAUCUGGUGUAUGAGAACGAACAAGUGCUGAACAAGAAGCUGGGCAAGCACGCCCUGGCCAAACGCCGAGCAAUGGAGAAUGGAAACACAAUGUCAGCCGCCAAACGAAAACGACGCCCAUUAAAGCAAAAACAGGAGGCCCUGCAACUGGAUGAGGAGCUGGAGCAGGAAUUUCCGUCGUCGUAUACUGAUAUUAAGCGAGAGGGAACCAUUAAGACCGAACAACUGAUCAAAGACAGAGGAGAGCAAUUACAGCAGGAACUCAAUUCAUUGCUGGACGAUGAGGAGUCUGAUGACAAAAAUGAGAAGGCGUUACAUAAGAAUGUCAUCGACAUGGAAUAUGUGAAUGAGGCUAACUUGCCGUCAGAUGCUACAGAUAUUGACACACUAUCGCAAGCGGAUACAAUAUUCACCAUUGAUUUCAUUGGCGAGCCUUCUCCCCUCAGUACAUCUAACUCGGCAUCGGUUAGCGAGCAUGACAUUGAACAAAUAUUGACAGAGUUGGCCGAAGGCUCCAUGGUGCUGGUAUCCUCAAUAGAUCCCAAUUAUGAAGAUCGUAUUGUUAACGAGAUCUAUAUGUACGAUAAGCAAACCGGAGAUCUUUGCGAGCAGCCAUUGGAUAUACCUGAGCAUAUUGUUCAAUCUAUAUUGAAUGUUAUGAGUUAGAUUUUAAAGUCAUCGGCUUAUUUACGUAAUUUAAGAAUGCAUUUUGUAGUAUUAGCCUUUAUUUCAUUAAUUGUUGAUAUGUAAUUUAUACAGAUAAUUAUUCAAAAAUUAUAUUAAUAUGUAUUAAAGCGGAGUCGAACAAAU